UCAAGAAGAUAGCUUUCGGCGUCAAGGCUCUAUUGGACCGAUUGGCUAACGGGGCGCCAUGUAAACAAGCGUUUCAAUAUGAUCUUGCACCUUCGGGCUCUUGGCAAACAGUGAUCCGCGGACUAUUUAUUACCUGAAAGUGUAUUCUUCCGCGUCAACAGCCUAUACGUUGGUCGGUAGUUUCACGGUGCAAUAAAUGCUAGCACGCAGAUGACAACAUGGGGUGCGCACACACAAGGAGAUGCUUUCUUCAGUCGUUCUUGCUGGCCUUAGCUGCUCUUCAUAAUGUCGCUGCGCAGACAACGCCUGACCCUUGUCUCUAUGGAAACUACCAGAACCUGACGGACGUUCACCGCAGUGUGUCCUAUGUGACGACCUACCCAGAGCCUCCACUGUGCGACAUUGACCUAGUGGCGGGCUGGUACCGGUUUGUGGUAGAUGCUGAGAGUAAAAUGCCUGAGACAUGCGUCGAUACUUUAAAGUGCGGGACGACUGUUCCAAUAUGGUUGAAUGGUACUCACCCCUCAGUAAGUGACGGGAUCCAAACGAGGCGAGCAUGCGCGAACCUCCAGACUGGUGGCACCUCUAAUAGUCCGUGCUGUGGACAGGCUGUCAACAUCGGGGUCAAGAACUGUGGCGGUUUUUACGUUUACUAUCUACAUCCAACACCAGCCUGCCCGAUGGCCUAUUGUGCAGGAAAAGACGCGCCAUGUCCCGCUGGAAAGUGGUCUCCCACAGGUUUUCCACCAAACUGUAAAGAUGCCUACCCACAGCUGACUGACCCGCCGAGAUUACGAGGACCUGUGAUUGAGCGAAACACCUUCUACUUCACCUGUGACCUGACCUUUAGCGGCAACGACCCGGAUCAAGCUUUUGAGUUCGUCUGGCUGUUUAAUGGCCUGGAGGACCCUAAAGUGCCGCCAGAAGUCGUCAGUGACCCAGGGCGAUCUGCGAGACUGGAUGGGGCUCAACUGACGGGUCUCCUCAACAAGAACGUUGGUUGUAAAGUGCGUGCAUAUUACAAGCAAAAUGCCAUCAAGAAAGGACCCUGGCUGACGAGCGCAAGGACGUACUGGGCUGGAAUACAGACAAAUCCCUCCCAAAUCUCCAUACGUACGGAUGAAGAAAAGUUUGACGUGGUCAUAAGGUCAACACUUCCUGUCUUAUGUAGCUCCACUUUGACAGAUGAUAAGUGUUGUCUUUGGAUUUUGCUGUUGGUCAACGGGUCUCAAUGGGAUCAAGACUUCCUGUCGACGCCAACUGAUUGUAAGUACUCACUGUGUAAGUCAAACUGGAACAGCACGAGUCAAGAAGUGUCAAGGACGGUGUCAGUCGUGGCCAGUAAGAUUCAGAUGCAGGACGGCACCAAGAAUUUGCUGGUCUCCUUCACAAAUAUUGUAGUCGCAGACCUUUCGCCGUAUCAGCGAAUAUUCCAAGGUCUAAAGAUCCCCUCGGUACAGGUUAAUCUUCAGCAAAGAGAAUCAAAGCUCUGCCACAUUGUAACAGAUCCUCACAUCACAGGAAUAGAAGACCAGAGAACAUUCCAUCUGUAUAGAGCGGGUGACUACACUGCCUACAUAAAUGACAAAAGGCAUUUUGAGGUUCAGUUUCGGACGUGGCCUUGCUACAAAGAGCGUCCUGACAGGGCGGUAACCUGUAUCUGUGGAGUUGCGGUUCGUGAGAAGGACGAUCUGAUCAGGGUCAAUGGCUGCGAUCAUGGUUUCUACGGCCAAAGCGUUGGGUCACCGGAAAUCACCGUGCCCAGGCGUUUGAGAGAAGGCACGACUAUACUUCAAUCUACGGAUGGAUCGACGAUAACACUGUAUUUUCCGUCCAGUUCUGAGAUUCAAAUUACCGCAUCGGCAAUACUUGGUGGUCAUCUCAACCUCUACAUCUCUAUUCCUGGCACCGACUACCUCAAAGGAAGAGGCUUGUGCGGGACGUUUGAUAACAACACAAACAACGACCUGACCCACCGGUCUGGCUUUGUGGACACAAUGCCUGCAGACCAUGUACCAGUGAGAUUCACAGAGUCCUGGAAGAACGAUGACAGCACAAGCUUGUUCAGGAUUGUACCUCCAGAAACGAAGGACUCCUACGUGCCUAAGUACUGCACGUGCAAUAAUGAUGUCCUUCGAACUGUGAACUGUACUUACCAGGGGGACAUAAAGGGGCGCAAACUAACGUGCCCGCAUUGCCUAGACACCACAAAAAAAUCUAGUUUUCAUCGAGGACGAUGGUGGUACCUAAAAAGAAAGAGAUCUGUAAGUGAUGAAACAUACGUCGACUCCGAUGAAAUGGACCAAGAGUACGACCCUAAUGAUUAUGCAGAUUUCCAACCACCAAAACUGUCAUGGCCGACAUCGACUGGCAUCAACGAGAGUCAAGCAGAGAACUACUGCUCCACCGCCUUGAGACAGUCUCAGCUCUGGUCUCACUGUCAGGACAGAACUCAGGAGAUUCAAGGGCUGAUCGAAAACUGCAAGAUCGAUAUUUUGGUAGCUGAUAAUUAUACAGGAACGGAGGUGAUCGUGGACACUUUCCUGACAAUUUGCAAAGUGGAGCUGGCCAAGAACCCAGAUAAUUACGUCACCACACCCAGCGGAGAGAGUGUCGUGAAGCCGGAGAUCUCUGACGACGUCUGCAACCCUGUGUGCUACAUCAAUGGACGAUGUGACCGAGGGCGCUGUGUGUGCAACAGAGGUUUUAUCGGCGAUAACUGUCAGAUAAAAGAUGAACCGCCUAAAUUGCUCGGCAUCCGAGGGUCCGAAUUGUGUGACUUUAAUGAACGGCCAUGCCAACAAGUCUUCAUCAACGCUGAAAAUAUUCAGAAUACGGAGACAAUGGCAUGCAAAAUUCAAGAAAUUCUGGAUGAUAAGUCCGUUUCCGAAAGGGCUUCUAUGGAAGAAGCUGUUUUCCUGACUCUUAACAAACUCGGCUGUGUCUUGCCUGAUGCUGGCAUCAAAACAGAGACGUCUAUCAAGCGGUUUUAUAUUACGGCAACCAUCGAUGGCGAUCGCUAUAGCAACGCAGUGAACAUGACUGUCUACGACUCGUCCUGUCAGAGCUGCACACAAAAGGGAUGCUGGAAACUGCCAGACACGUGUCUUAUCAGCAACCUGUGUUUUCAAGAUGGAGAACUCAAUCCGAACAAUAACUCGCAGGUCUGCAAUGUUUCUGCUAGCACGACAGAGUGGUCUCUCGUGCACACAGUUCUAUUGGAAUAUCCAGCCAUCAUGUCGGUCAUCGUGAGGAGGUCAGAGGACAACACCCAGUUAAGAUGUGAGGUCAACGCUGAUGCCUCAAAGCCCACAGCCAGCUUCCGGAUGGCCUGGGGUGUCGAUGGCGACUGGCUUCAAGAGUCGGUCAUGUCCAGUGGACAUCUGGAGGCUGUCAUUAAUGUGUCUGACAUUAGUCACGUUAAGCAGGUGACAUGUCGUGCACGUUCCAAGUUCACUGACAGUAAUGUCUUCAGUCCCUACACCUACAGCAAUCCUUUGUCUAUGAUAGUAUCAAAGUCAUCCACUGUGUCGUGGAGUAAGAUACCCAGUGCAUUUCAUCUCACCCUCACCUUCCUCACAUCACUGGGCUUAUCAGGCAUGCUGUGGUCUGUAUAGGAAGAUUGGCAAACCUUUAACAUAUUCUCGUGAAUAAGUCCUUAUAAAUAUCCAGCUCUGACUGGAAACUGUGUAACUUUAGAAACUACAGUAAGCUCUGGCUUUUUCAUGUACUUACGUGGAAAAUGAUUGUUAUGUUCUCUGUUUAUAUUGUUGUGUUGACCUGUAAAACCUUGACAUCUUCUUAAUAGUUGAGUUAUGGUAAAAAGAUUAUGUUUUAAAAUGAGAGAGACCUGCUUGGUGCUCUGGUUAGAAAUUUAUUAAAUA